AUGACAGACGCUGGAUUUGACAAGACCAAGGCCUACGCGGCUCAAGAGGAAGGCACUGGAUACUUUGACGAUGGCCGUGAGAUUGAACUAUUGCAUUUCGUUUACGCGCAUCCAGAUCUGGACAAUAUCCGGGGGUCACCUGAAAAAGUCCUCAGGGCAAUUGAUGAAUUUGGCCGGACCAAGAAAUAUCUCAUGAACGUUGGCGAGGACAAGGGACGAAUUGUCUGCGACUUGAUCCAAGAAGUCAAGCCCAAGACCAUGGUCGAGUUGGGGGGAUACGUUGGCUACUCAUGCAUCCUCUUCGGUAACAUGCUCGCCAAAGUGGGCGGCCAGCGUUACUUCAGCCUCGAGAUGAAUCCCGAAUUUGCCGCCGUUAUCAUGUCUUUGGUCCACCUGGCAGGCCUCUCGCACAUCGUCGAGGUCGUCGUUGGGCCCAGCGAUGCCUCCCUUGCGCGUCUGCACGCAGAAGGACAAUUGCAACUCAUCGAUCUUUUGUUCCUCGACCACUACAAACCCGCAUACACCACCGAUUUGAAGCUGUGUGAAGAGUUGAAGCUUGUGCGGCCGGGCUCAGUUCUCGCCGCGGACAACGUCAUCAAGCCCGGAAACCCAACUUACCUCGAUUACGUGCGCAGCAAUGUGAAUCAAAAACGGGCCAAGCUUGGUGAGAUCCACCGGGGUGAAGAGUUGCCCGAGGAUACUGUCGACCAGUACAAGAAGCGUUAUGCCACAAUGCAAUUCAACAAAAGCCCCGGCAAUCCCAAUCUCGUGUACGAAAGCAAAAUCGUCCACAGUUUCGAGCCCACGGGCGUUCCGGACGGCGUUGAAAUCACUCGAUGCGUGGGCGAAGACGUGCAGUAG